CAUGACACUGACCUCAUUUCUUAUCUAUAUGUGAACACAAUAUUAUAAUUUUAGCAAUUUUUAUGAAGUAUUGCUCUAAUGAGAAUAGAAGAGAAAAUGUUUCUGGUGUAUAUAAUACUCAGUGUUAUUCUAUUUGGGAUGGCAAAGACUGAAACUGAAACAGAAGCUGCUAUUCUAAAACGGUUGGAUGUGUAUGAAGGUGUAAUUCAAGAGCUUCUGCUUAAAGUGGAUACUCUAUCUUCACAAGACCAACUUCAGAAAAUGCAAAUUGCAAGCUUGGAGAAUAAGAUGCAGGUCCAACAUGAACGUACCAUCCAUUUGGAAAAUCUAAUUAGGCGACUAAGUGUGAACCAUAGAAAGAGAAUGCAAAUAAGAGGAAAAAAGGCAACUGUUCAAGCCGAAGUGGAAACCGAUACCAUCAGAGGAAGUGGCCAACAAAUAAAUAGGAUAAGGAGACAAGAACCUGAAACACAAGUCGCUUUUUUCGCAAAGAUGGGCAAACAUUUGGAACAUGCUGGCAUUCAUCAACCAUUUAUUUUUGAAAAUGCUGUUACAAAUAUUGGAAACGGAUACAAUCCGCAUCUAGGAUCAUUUGUUGCUCCAGUAUCAGGAACAUACGUGUUCUCUACGACGCUUGUUUCAUUAUUCCAUGUCAGUGGCUAUGCUCAAUUUGUAAAAAAUGGAAAAGCAAUCACAAAUAUGUACGUAAGUGGUGUAGAGUCCGGAAAUGAUACCACAGCCCAAACUAUUGUUCUUCAGCUUCAAAAAGGAGAUGAUAUAACAAUACAAAACCUGAUGUCUGACAAGUCGUUCUAUGGUCAUGGACAUAGCAUCUUUUCUGGAUUUUUGUUGUAUGAAAACUAUUCUUCAAGUCCUAUCGUUGGGAAAUAAUAUAAUGAGUACAAUAAAUGUAAGCAAGUAAUAAGAUGCCUUAUCAUUUUAUCCACACUCUAUAAAAAUGAUAUUCAACAUUCCAAAAAAAUGGUUUGUAGAAUAAAUGAAAAUAUGCAUAAAAUUUAUAUGUUAUCUUUCCGUCUUUUAACAUUCAUUCAACACACACUUUUACAUAUACAUGUAUGCAGAUAUGCACAUUUUCAAUAUGUGUUUACUGCAACUGACUGAGUAUCUAAUGCUUAAUUUAGGAACCAGCAUUUUCAUGAACAUAUGUGUGGAAGUGUUCGAUCUUGCAUAACAAGGGAACCAAAAUUUUAUAUACGUCAUAUUUCAGUGGUUACACUACUACCCGACUGUAGGCCCUCCUAACGCGCUUAUAUCAGUUGUUCUUUAGGAAACAAAUCAAAGUAUGAUGGAUUUGACUCAAUUUCAGAGAGGGUGUGGCAAAGUUUCCAAGUCAUAUUACGUCAAAUGUGACACUCGUCCAGGUUUUUUAACUGCGGUGUUGUCAUGCGAUAUAAAUGCAAUAAUAAGUUUUUAUUUUUAUUGGCGAUAACCAUCAUCAUAUUCAAAUAUCUUUUUCUUCGUCUUAUUCUUAUAAGGCCCAUGUGUUCCAUUUUGUCGUUUCAGUUCUGCGUCAUAACAACGUUAUCAAAAUAUCAUCUAUUGAAACGUCCGUGUUAAGAAACAUAUCACUCGCAUUUUGGUAUAUUUUUGGUAACCAAUUAAGAUACAUUCAUUUUGCACGUUUCUGCUCAGGAUGCAGAGCAUUGGGUACCCACCUUUAGGCAAU